UUCCAGGAGGCCCUGCGGCGCGCAUGAGCAGGAAAGCUGUGGCUCUCGGGGCUGUAACUUUUGCACGUCCUCUCUGAUUCCAGGCUUCGCGCGGAUUUUCGCAGCUCUUUGUCGGGCGAGAGGCCUCUGGGCUUUGCACUCAGGCGGUGAACCCGUUCCGUAGCCGAGCACAGCGUGGGUGAGCACCCAGCCGGGUCCCACCAUGGCCGCGAACCCAAACCUUUGCUGAGUCACCCAGGAGCUGGGUGCACGCUUACAGGAGCCACCAGGCCUGGUGAGGAAGAAAGAUCUGAAGCUGGUGGGAUGGAGCAGGGAGGCGACAGGAUUUCUUAAUUGGUAUAACAACAGAACUGCCCUGUGACAGAGUAUUCCAGUACGACUAACAGGAGAGAACAUGUCAAAAUGACAACCAGCCCCCAGCCAGGCUUCUUGGAACGGCUCAGCGAGACCUCGGGUGGGAUGUUUGUGGGGCUCAUGACCUUCCUGCUCUCCUUCUACUUAAUUUUCACCAAUGAGGGCCGUGCACUGAAGACAGCAACUUCCCUGGCUGAGGGGCUCUCACUUGUGGUGUCCCCUGACAGUAUCCACACCGUGGCCCCAGAGAACGAGGGAAGGUUGGUACACAUCAUUGGGGCCCUGCGGACAUCCAAGCUCUUGUCUGAUCCAAACUACGGGGUCCGCCUCCCAGCUGUGAAGCUACGCCGGCAUGUGGAAAUGUACCAGUGGGUGGAAACUGAGGAGUCCAGGGAGUACACUGAAGAUGGGCAGGUGAAGACAGAGACAAGGUACUCCUACAACACCGAAUGGAGGUCAGAAAUCGUCAACAGCAGAAAUUUCGACCGGGAGAUUGGCCACAAGAAUCCCAGCGCUAUGGCGGUGGAGUCGUUCACGGCCACAGCCCCCUUCGUCCAGAUUGGCAGAUUCUUCCUCUCAGCAGGCCUCAUUGACAAAGUGGACAACUUCAAACCGCUGAGCCUGUCCAAGCUGGAGGACCCGCAUGUGGACAUCAUUCGCCGGGGAGACUACUUCUACCACAGCGAAAACCCCAAGUAUCCGGAGGUUGGAGACCUGCGCGUGUCCUUCUCCUAUGCGGGGCUAAGUGGCGACGACCCUGACCUGGGCCCAGCUCAUGUGGUCACCGUGAUCGCCCGGCAGCGGGGUGACCAGCUACUCCCCUACUCCACCAAGUCUGGGGAUAUCUUGCUUCUCCUGCACCAUGGGGACUUCUCAGCAGAGGAGGUGUUUCGUAGAGAACAGAAAAGCAACUCCAUGAAGACAUGGGGCCUGCGGGCUGCCGGCUGGAUGGCCAUGUUUAUGGGCCUCACCCUCAUGACCCGGAUCCUCUACACCUUGGUGGACUGGUUUCCCGUCUUCCGAGACCUGGUCAACAUCGGCCUGAAAGCCUUUGCCUUCUGCGUGGCCACAUCGCUGACCCUGCUAACUGUAGCUGCCGGCUGGCUCUUCUACCGGCCCCUGUGGGCCCUCUUCAUCGGCUCCCUGGCCCUGGUGCCCAUCAUCGUUGCUCGGACGCGGGUACCGGCCAAGAAGCUGGAGUGAAUCAGGCCCUGGCGCCCAGCCCCACCCGUGUGAGCUUCGGGAUCCUGCUCCUCCCCCUCUCCCCCCCGCCCCUCUUGACCACAAAUCAAUUUUGGAUUCUGCGCCUGCUCCGCUUCUUGAGGGGCCACACUUGGCUAUGUGCACAGGUGUCAGGUACUGGUUUACAUGUUCCCCCGGUUUUGCUUGCCAGUGGGCAGCUCUGGGGAGCAGAAGGUGGUCCCCAUCUGGCAGGGUCACAGGUGUCUCCUUGCUUCCUUCCCUUCUCUUGGGACUGUGUGUGGCCGGUUCACAUGUUUCGCUUAGCUGAAAUCUGCAGACUGGGAGGUGGUAACACUGCACAGACUGCUGCCCGAUCACUUGCCGCACCCCUCUCCUUGGAGACAAGUGCCAGGGCUCUGUCAUAGUUGGUGUCCACUGUGAGCCCACGGGGCCGGCGUUCUCGCUGUCCCUGAGCAGGGCCGAGUGCCAGGACAGACUGAGCACACUCCCCUCCCCCCGCCAUGCACGGGCGUCCCCCACCCAGCCUGGGCACAGAAUCCGCCUUGGUACUCAAAAAAGAGGACUUCCCCUGAGGUCAUGGUGAGGAAAAUUACACAUUUGGUGGGCUUGAUGUGUAUUUUAUGGUUUGGCCAGAAACUUAUUUGUGUGUAGGAUUUCCAGAGGUCCCGAAGGUUGUUUGCCUUUGUUAUAUGCUACAUGGGUCUUCUACCCGAAAAGGGAAUUGUUUCAAAUCAGAUUCAAACAAACAAAGCCCUGCUUAAAUGAUGAGCCAUUCAGACUGUUACAGAAAAACUCCUUAUAAUCUGUCCAUUGAAGUUCAUUCAGGCACAGGAAUGUAUGAAACGGAGGUGUGACUUACUGGUUUAAGAAAGUUUGCUCUGUCAGUACUUGGGGCCAGUGGAAGGCUCUAAGAUGCUUUUGAAGCCAGCACUUGCCGAGGGCUUCAAUUCUGGGAGGAGAUGGGAAUUUGUACGAGGCGGGGAAAGGCAUUUCCUUUCAUCCUCUGGCAUCAGAAACUACCGAUUUCCUUGAAGAUGAAUUUUGAGUUUUUAGCUAACCAUUAAAGGAAAAGGUGGGAAGCUUUCCUAAGUGGGCUCCCUCAGUGUGACCCCCAUCAACUUGAAUCAGGAACUGGAGGCCUGAGGCUUGUGCAGCUCUCAGGCCUCAUUCCUUUCACUGGGGGGCAGAGGGGUGAGGCUUUCCCUUAAGCCACUGGGCACCUGCCGCUGAGGGACUCCUAGAACGUCCGUAGCUUCCCUGCUAUGUACAAUCUACGUGUACUUCACCCUGUUCCCUCUCACCCCCCGCUGAAAGAUCGAGAAUGUUGUCACCUUGAUGGUUUAAAAGAUCCUUCAUGUACCCUUUAUCUUUUUAUGACUUGGACUUGGACUUAGUCUCCCUGGCUGGGAAUGGCUGCUUUC